GACUAUAGUUAUGGUAGUACUAAAAAAGGGUUCGACUUGAAUUGAUUCCAUCUUCUUUUGUUGGUAAAUAUCGUCAAUGGCAAUUCAUAUCAAGCGAUUACACAAUCUUAUUAGCUCCUCAACUUCAAUCUUCAACCCAAUUUAUCGAAAAUCGUAUAUUCAUGUGUCACACGUUUCGUUACCGGAGAAACUCAUCUCAUGUUUUACUAGCCGCUAUGAUUUCUCUGCUUGUUCUGCCGGAUUAACCGGACAAAUAGUCUCCGAUGCUUACAGUCCAAGAUUAGAAGAUGCCGUUGAAAGGGAUCACCAUGAAUUUUUGAAAUGGCACAAAGGAGGAGGGAUGUUUCACAAGUCGGCUAGCAUUGAUCCUACUGCAUUAAUAGAUUUUGGUGCAGUAGUCCAUUCAGGUUCUCUAGUGGGCGGAAAUGUUCAUGUAGGAUCGGGAGCUGUUGUUGGCCCCAACGUUGCAAUCGGUCAAUGGACAAAGAUAGGGUAUAAUGUUUCACUUGCUAACUGCACCAUCGGUGAUUCAUGUAUCAUUCAUCAUGGAGUUUCCAUCGGUCAAGACGGUUUUGGUUUUUUCGUGGAUGAGGAGAGCACCAUGGUGAAGAAGCCUCAAGCACUAAAAGCUCAUAUAGGGAAUAAUGUUGAGAUUGGUGCAAAUUCAUGCAUUGAUAGAGGCAGUUGGAGGGAUACUAUGAUUGGUGAUCAUUCAAAGAUCGAUAAUUUAGUUCAGAUAGGUCACAAUGUAGUGAUUGGCAAGUGUUGCAUGUUAUGUGGGCAAGUUGGCAUUGCGGGUUCUGUAACGAUUGGCGAUUACGUAACUUUAGGUGGAAGGGUUGGAGUUCGUGAUCAUGUCACCAUUGUGUCGAAGGUACGAUUAGCAGCGGCUAGCUGUGUCACCAAGGAUAUCAAUAAACCUGGCGACUAUGGUGGCUUCCCUGCUGUCCCAAUUCAUGAAUGGCGGAGACAGGUUGCUAAUCGUUGUCGAACAUCAAAGUAGGGGAUGUUUUGGACUUGUGAUGGAUUAAAUCAAGCGAAAUGGAUCAUUUGAGGAUGUAGAUCUUGUCAACCAACCUGUGGAAAACAAGGUACCAUCGGUUAUCUAUGAGCUCAUCGGACAUUUUUUAUACGAUUUACGUCCUUGGCUAAAUCACGAAAAGGUCAAGAUUUAUUGGGGUUGAGAUGUAAAUGAAUCAAUGUUUUUGUUUGCUUUUACAUUGUAGCAUUUAUGAAUGUUUGUAUUUAUUUCUGGUUUCAUAUAAGGUUACUAGUGAUUCCUA